AUGAAUACGAGCAAGCCUCACCGUGUGAGCAUUUCAAAGCAGAUGAUGGAGCAGCCACUCCAAGAUAGAAAGCUUAGUGAUUUGCUUCCUGGAGACUUUAUUAGACAAAUUGGUUUUGAUCCUGAAUCUAUUAUUUUCAAACCGGACAAAGAUGGAAAAAUCAAGAGAAGAGCUACAGAUACAGUUGUAUCUCAGAUUACCCACCCUCAAACAUAUUAUAGAAGACUAACUCAAUUUGAAAUACCAGAUAAACACGUUGAAACUCAACUAGAAAUCGCUAAUAAGUCAAACAACAUUGAAUGUUUCCUUAUAGAACUGAAUGAUUGCACGAUUGAUGCAUUUUCGACCAAAAAGAUUUCAGAUAAUACAACUGAUUACGUUUUUGUUCGCGAUGGUGUUUACACCCGCCUUGGAAAAAUAGUCAGACGCAUAAGAUACGAAGACUGUGAUAAAGAAGCGCUUGAAAUUGUUGAUCAGGACGAUGGUACAAUCAUUGAUUACUUCAGCAGCUUUACACAGCUUGUUAAAUCUAUUAUACCAAACUUUGCUUGUCAAUGCAAUUGCAAUUUAGUUGUUAAAGAUGUGGAAAUGGUAUCUUACCAGUUCAGAAUGUUAAUUCGAAUUAAAUGCGAAGAUAUUUCUGAUCCACAUAUCGCAGAUUUGCUUGAAAAGCUAAUUUCUGUCCUAUUAUGUCCUAUAGAACUCUUCACAGAAGAAGGUGAAUCUUCAAUAUAA